GCGCUGAGUUGCCUACAUCGUGCACUGGAGCAGUCCCUGGCCCCGGAUGCGGCUCUUUGGAGCGCCGUGGUCUCGGCGUGCGGUGAUGCCGGCGAGUGGCAGAGGGCUUUGCUGAUCUUCAAGACUGCGCGGCACGUGGAUAUCGGAGCUCAGUGGCAGCUUGGCCUGGACUUCUUGGCAGAGAUGCGGCUGGCAGGUGUUUCAGAACAGCCCGGCCUGAGGAAGAGGACCAAAGAUGUCCAAGUCAGUGACCGGUUGGUGGCUUUCGGUGCUGCAAUGAGUGCUGCGGAACGGCGCAACUGGUUGUGGGCAUUGCGUCUGGCUGAAAGCCUGAGCCAGGAG